AUGUGUCGUUUGUUAGUAUACAAGGGCAGCCAUGAGAUCCGUCUCAGCAAGCUCAUCACAGAGCCCAGCCAUUCAAUCUUAACACAGUCCUACGACUCCCGCUUGAGACUUGACAACCGCCGCCCCGUAAACGGCGACGGCUUCGGUGUAGGCUUCUACACCGACCCAAAACUCGGCCCAGAGCCCUGCAUAUUCACAUCAACCAUACCCGCCUGGAACUGCGAGAACCUCGAGCGUCUCGCCACAAAGACAUGCUCGAAUCUCAUCUUCGCGCACGUGCGCGCAACAACAGAAGGAACCCUCUCCGACACAAACUGCCACCCAUUCCAGCACAACACCCUCAUGUGGAUGCACAACGGCGGCAUCGGCGGCUGGCACUACAUCAAGCGCGCCCUCGCCGACUCACUAGCCGACAAGUGGUAUCUCGGCGUGAAGGGCGGGACGGACAGCGAGUGGGCCUUCGCGCUGUAUCUGGACCUCCUCGCGAAAGAGGGCGUUGAUCCGAGCUCUGAUCCUGGUCCUGAAGGGUUCGGGCAGGCACUGUUGCGCCGGGUGAUGGUGAAGACGAUAGCGAAGAUUAAUGAGUUUAUCCGUGAUAUCCCGAACAGGCAUAAUGUGCCAGAGGGGUUGGAGACCCGCAGUCUAUUGAAUUUUGCGGUUACGGAUGGCCAUACGGUUGUUUGUACGCGGUAUAUUAGUAGCAAGACAGACGAGCCUGCGAGUCUAUAUUUCUCGUCUGGCACGAAGUGGAAGGAGGGCAAGGUGAAGGGCCAUUUCAAGAUGGAGAGGCAUGAUAAGGGCGCCGAUAUUGUGUUGGUUGCCAGUGAACCGAUUACGUUUGAGAGACAUAACUGGGUCUCUGUCCCAGCCAACUCAGUCGUCACGAUCCACAAGCAAACAGUCCUUCUGCAUCCAAUCCUGGACGAGUUCUACAGCGAAGACUUGAACCACGACCGUUCGUCUUGUUAUGCCGUUUCAAAGGGUCUUGUUAGCACAGCGCCAGGGACUACCGUACAGCCGCAGGGCAUCGAUGCAGCUGCUACGCCUGAUAUAAGGGUUAGCGCUCCCGGGCUUGAGCCGGAGACUAAUGGGGGGAUGCCGAAGAGUCAGCUCGCGGCAGCGAACCAGUUUGCGUUGUCGCACUAA